AUGGCCUCCAGUGACAACGAAAAGCCUGCGAAAUCCCCAGUCUGCAUCAUCACUGGCGGUGCGUCGGGCAUGGGACUCGCGGUGGCCGAGCACCUGUGGCAGCUGGGCUGGAAUGUCACAAUCAUUGACGUGAACGAAGAGUCGGGCAAGGAAAUUGCGGCCGCGCACGGCGAUUCGGCUUUAUUUUUCAAGGCCAACGUCGCCGACUACGAGGAGCUGAGCGUUACAUUUGCAAAGACGUGGGAUCGAUGGGGACGACUCGAUGCUGUCUUUGGAAACGCGGGUAUCGGCGAUCGCAUCAGCUUCUACAAACCCCAGCCAGACCGAGCCGACGGGACGCCGCCGAAGCCUUCGACAGCGGUCAUCGAUAUCGACCUGCUAGGCCCCAUCUACUGUGCCUACCUCGGGUUUCACUUCUUCCGGAAAAACCCAGACAAGUCUGGCAAAUUGAUCUUCACCUCGAGCAUGGCCGGCAUCUAUCCUGGCCCGACGAUUCCGCUGUAUACAGCUUCCAAACACGGGGUGGUCGGAUUGACUAGAGCCUUGGCUCAGCAACUGCGUGAACUCGGAGAGCCUGUCACGGUCAAUUGCAUAUGUCCAGGUCUCGUCCACACGGGUCUGACCAAGAUCUAUUCCUUCACCACCCCGGAGGAAUACAUCACGCCAGUGUCCACAAUCAUCACGGCCUUUAUGAGAUUCAUCGACGACUCUAGUCGAACCGGCCAGGCUGCCGAGUGCAGUGGUGAAAACAUCCAUUACAGAGUGCAGCCCGAAUGGAGUGACGACAAAGCGGAAUUUUUGGGGAACGGUGGACUCGCAAAGGCCAUGAAACAGCACAAUGUGAAGCUGUAUUGA